AACCCCGGUCUAAUAAUCAGGGGAGGAGGAGGAGGAGACCGAGGCCUAGGGUUGUAGGGUGCUUGGUCCUCCUGGCUCCUGCGGCGCAAGUCCGGCGAGCGGCUUCGGCGAUCGAUCGAUGGGGUACUGGUGGGAGCGCGUCGUGCUGCCGGUGCGGCGGGUCUGGCUCGGCGUCGCGUCCCGCUUCGGGGUUCGCCAGACAGGGCUGUGGAGGCUGCGGCAGGAGGUGAGCACGUGCGAGUACGAGGACGUGCACGUGAUGUGGAAGAUGCUGAGCCGCACCACCGCGCCGGCGGCGCCCGCGCCCAGGCGGCACAGCCGGUUCCGGCAGCAGCCGCGGCCGUGGGGCGGCAGGUUCCGCCUCUGCCGGGGCUUCUAGAUCAAGGACGCGGGGUAGCUCUUCCGGUCGCUCUCUUUGACUUUCCUUCUCUUCUCUGUGUUUUCGGUGCUUGUAUCUAGUAUUUAUCUAUCGACCGACCUCGCUCGAUGGGCUCUGAGAUGUACUUCCAUUCCUCCUCGUGUGUCGAUUGGCCACGCCUGCAGAUGAUGCCCGGGGUAUGUGAAUGAACAGAGCUGUUUGGGAUUUGUGGCUUUGUGCUCGUGUUUCUACUCUCCUACUCUGUCGCAAAAGCACACGAUAUUUUCUUGUCA